AGAAAAGCCUAAGCUUUACGAGUUGACGACCACACUCAGAACCUGCGUUGCAGUUUCAGUCCUCUCUCUCUGGAUGCUCUUCCGCCUCAAGCUUCUGCUUAAUCUGUAAUCGAUGAAGAGUUUUGUGUCGUAUGUCGAUUGGGCGUAUUAUCCGCCACUCUCUUCAAAUUUAUCAGCUUUUGCGGCACCGUUUAGUGUUAAUCGAUCCAAUUCCUGUGACGUUUUUGUGGAUUCAGCAGAAUCCGCAGAUGCUGUGCCCCCGAUUACCUUCCCUGUUCAAUCCAAUUAUGGGUAUGAUUUCUUUUCCAACCCUGUCAGAGAAUUGGAUUCUUCAGCGCCUUCUUCACAGCCAUAUGGGUAUUCGGGGUUGCAAGGUUUAGAUUCUUCCAGUGCCCAGUUGCCUCAAUUUAACUCUCCAAGUUUGGCUUUUAAUGAUGCAUUCUCUUAUGAUCAAGGCACAAAACCAAGUCUUGUUGAAGCCCAAUCAUACUACCCUUCGUAUAUUUCACCUACAAUUCAUGAUCCCAGUUCUUCUUCGGUGGCACCUAAUCAUUGGUCUUCAACAUCUGGCUUUCCCCCUUUGGAUGGGCCUUCUCUUGGUGAUUAUGCUAACAAGUCACCUGAGAUAGGUUUUGCUGGUCAAAGUGCUGUCUUGUGGAAUCAGUUUGCAGAGUUUAACCAUGGUAAAAGUAAACAGGUCGGAGUCGGGAGCAGUUUCUCUUCAAAGCAAACAAAUAUUAAUGGUUCCGUUGUUGAAGAAAGAUUGAACCCAGGAUGUAAAGAUUUGGAGGACUCUAAUGGGGAGAUUUCACAUAUGAUUGCUUGGGAAAAAUGCAGUAUGCCUAUGAGUGCAGAUCACUUAGAUGAUAAAUCUUGUCGGUGGGGAACUUUCAAACCCAUUCCAGUUGAAUUUUCAGGUGCAUCUGCUAUGCAUCCCCCUUCAGUGUCUCUAGAAACUCAUCACGAGACCCCUUUGAAAUUAGUUGCAGAUUCAGGGAACUGCCCCUUGCCAUACACUGUUUCAUAUGACAAACACAUGAGGCAGCAUGAUAAACCAUCAAGAGUUGAUGCCAUAUCUUCAACAUCUCUAACAGGGUUAGUUACAGAUUUGAACAUUGGCAAUAUUAUAGCAGAUGGAGACCUUGGACACAAUAACUUCUAUAAUACAAAGGAGGCUUAUCACAGGCCUAUUCCUGGAUCUGCUGGCUGUUUUGAUGUAAAUCAUCUCCGCAUGCAUCUAGAGAGAAAUGAACUUUCCUCAUCAAACAAGGCAAUGGUUUCUGACAAUGACGUUUCAAAGGAUGCUGCGGAUUAUAUAUUUAAAGUAAGCAAUGGAUUUCAAAAUCCUCAUCCAGUGGAUAAUUUGAGCUUGAGACUUAGUGCUAUUGAUGAUGUCAAUUCUGCUGAGAAAUCUUUGGAGGGUGGUGAUAGAUGUAAUCCUGCUGUAGACUCACCUUGCUGGAAGGGAGCUCCUGCUUCUUACUUUUCUCAUUGUGAAUAUUCUGAGGCUCUUCCUUUAGAAUAUGUGCUCAAAAUUGAAGAGUGCUUUGGUUCUGUUAAUCAGAAGCCUCAAAAUUUCCUGUUUGGUACAGAAAAUAAUGGGAAAGAAUCUUGUCAAAAUUCAAAUAACUAUCAAAUGCACACUCAGGAAACAGGUUCAGCAGGUUCUCCAAGGAAAUUUUCUGUAACAAAGUUUGCAUCAGAAGAUUGCAUGUCAGAUGAUUCAGUGAAUGAUGGAUCUUUUCAGUCUGAGCCAAGCCGUGAUUGUGGGCUUCAAUAUCUGGAUGACAUUAUUGAAAUAAAGGAAAAAAGUGUGCCUCCAACCAAACCAGAUGAUUGUGAGCCUAUAUCUUCUUGCACUGAGCAUCAAGCUAUAGAGGAAAACAAAUUGAUGUUUCAAAAACAGCAUGCUUUAUGCAUAGGUGGUGCAGAUGCUGGAUGCAGUGUGAAUAAAUGCUUGGAAUUUGGUACAUCUUAUACAGCGGAACAUACCCUGUCUUUACCUUCUUCAGUAGUAGAUGCACCUACUACACUUGAAAAAUCAGCUGGGAAAGUUUCAAAUCAAAAAUUAAAUGUCCAAAUGCUGGUUGAUACAAUGCAUAAUUUGUCAGAGUUGCUUCUUUUUCAUUGUCGUAAUGGUGCCUGUGAAUUGAAAGAGGGAGAUUGUAUUAUCCUUAAAAAUGUGAUCAGUAAUCUUAAUACUUGUGCUUUUAAAAAUGCUGAACAAAUUACCCCUGCCCAAGAAUGUCUUUUCCAUCAGCCAGAAACUUCUGUGUGUGCUGGAGAAUCAUGUGAGCUUCAACAGGAUGCAAGUUUCAAGUGGCCCCAAUUAACUAAGGUAGGACCAGAGAGCUCUAAGGUUGAGCUUGAGACUCCACAUGUUCAAGAGGCAAACCUGCAUUUCAGAUCUGAAAAACAACAUUUGAAGCUUUCAGAUUCCAUAUCCCCUAGCGGUGAUGCUGAAUUGACAAAAGCAGAUAACAUGACUAAGGCUCUAAAGAGGAUUCUUAGUGAGAAUUUCCAAGAUGAUGAAGGAGCAGAUUCUCAGGCUUUACUAUAUAAGAAUCUAUGGCUUGAGGCUGAAGCUGCUUUAUGUUCUGUCUCUUACAGAGCUCGCUAUAAUCAAAUGAAGAUAGAAAUGGAGAAACACUCAUCCAAGCAAAGAGAUAUCGAGGGGCAAUCAAAACCAGAGGUUGUUCCUAGUUUAAGCGGAAGUCAGAUUUCUGCAACCAAAGUGCACAAUUAUCCAAACCUUGAUUCCUCUGCUCCGGAUUUUCCUGUUGAACCAAAUGUUUUGAAAUUUUCUGCUGAUACGAACAAGCCUAAUGCAUGGACACCUGAAGGAAAGGGUAGUCAAGACCCGGAUAGUUUCAUCCAGAAUUAUACUGUUUCUGGCACAAACAAGGUGGCUGGAAAUGAUGUGGCUUCUGUUAUGGCCAAAUUCCAUGUUCUCAAAGCCCGGAUUGACAAGUCAUGCAUUGAUGAUGCUGCCAAUAUGGAGGAACCAUCAGACAUAGCAGGCAAGUUGGCACCUAGUGGGAGAGAUAAUCAAAACCAAGUUAAUUUCUGCCAGGAUUCUCCUAUUCUUGGAAAAACCAAGGCUGAUUCGGAUUACGAGGCAUCUGUUUUGGCUAGAUUUCAUAUUCUUAAGUCCCGGGUUGAAGAUUCAAGCUCUAUAUCUUCUGUAGGAGAUCUGUUAGAUGGAGUUGGAUUUGCUGGAAAAGGAAUGGACAACACAAUAAUUACAAAAAAUGCAUCAGAGGGCAAAAGUUUGGAUGUUGAUGUUAAUUCUUCUGUGAUGCAUCUCAGUUCCUACCUUGCUGUGGACAAGUCCAUCCCAAAGGAGUUUCAUCUGGAUUUGGAGGACAUUCAAGAAACUCAACCUUGCGGAACCUAUGAGUUUCAGCUUCCUAAUUAUUACUCUGAUGGCUUAGCAUCAGAUUGGGAACACGUGGAAUAGAGGAGCUUUUGGGGCUGAUUUUGAAACCUUUAGACUUUAAUGAAUGUUUUAUGGAUCAGACUUCCUUAUUAUUAUCUUUAUCAGACAUAAUAUUGCAGAUUUUGGUCUUUAAGUCUUUUGCCGUGUCUGUCUGUAUAUAACUCUGUCAGUAAAUUGAAACCUUUAUGUUGUGUGUGCUUAUUUGCUC